GUGGAUGUCAGAAUGGACACUCCUAACCUGCUGCUGAUGCAACGGGGCCUGUUGGGUGGGGUGAGGGGCAAAGAGCAACGGGACACCCACAGGCUCCGAGGAAAGAGCAGCGGGGCUGGGCUAUUUCUCCAGUAUAAGACCCUCCUAGCUGAGACUAAGGCGAAGGCUGUCUCCCUAUCCAUUUGGACACACCACCAACCUUUCCUAGAGAAGAACCAGAUGGACCACAACUGCUCCCUGAAGAGGGCAUCAGAGCUGUACCCAGAAGCAAGGAGACCAGCGAGCACACCGAACCCCACUGGGAACAUCUGGGGGCAACAUCGAACAAGGGGCAAAGGAGUGGAAGCCCAUUUUCUGGAAACGUUGAGAGACCAAUUGUAGGAAAGAGGGGGAAGGACGGAAGAAGAGAGACGGCCAGGCUCUCUUUUCCCUCUACAAAGGCCUUCUUCUUCCAUCCCCACAGCUCCCCCCCCCAAGCAGAUCUAAAACGGCAUGGGAGGUUCCCACCUGCCCUACCCCAGGGUUUGACAGCUCAACAUGGACCAGUCUGUGGCAAUCCAGGAGACCCUGGUUGAGGGGGAAUACUGCGUCAUCGCAGUCCAAGGUGUACUGUGUAAGGGGGACAGCAGGCAGAGCCGCCUGCUCGGGCUGGUGAGGUACCGGCUGGAGAAUGGCGCCCAGGAGUAUGCUCUCUUCCUGUAUACACACCGGAGGAUGGCCAUCACAGGAGAUGAUGUAACUCUGGACCAGGUCGUGCCACUCUCAAAAGAUUUUAUGCUGGAAGAAGGUGACAGUUGGCCGGGUGUCUCCCCAGAUGGUGAACUCUACAUCCUUGGCUCUGAUGUGACGGUACAACUGAACACAGCUGAACUCAGGCUUGUAUUCCAACUUCCCUUUGGCUCACACACCAGAACAUUCCUCCAGGAAGUGGCCAGAGCCUGUCCAGGUUUCGACCCUGAGACGCGGGAUCCCGAGUUCGAAUGGCUGUCGAGACACAGAUGCGCGGAGCCCGAUGCCGAGUCGCCGAAUCCGCGGGAGUGGAAUUCGGACCCGGGUACCCGGAGUGGGUUCGCGCCCAUUGGAGGAGGUGGGUCUAACGUCGACAGCUCCAGGCCAAAUGGGAGGGGCCCGGACCAAGCCUUCGGGGCCAGGUGUCCAGAGAAACCAGAAAGCUCUCUCACAAGACAAAAUAAAUCUAAGUCUGAAAUUUCUGACAUGGUUCGCUCCUCCACAAUCACAGUGUCGGACAAGGCUCACAUUUUAUCCGUGCAGAAGUUUGGGCUUCGAGACACAAUCGUGAAAUCACACCUCAUGCAGAAGGAAGAGAAUUAUACCUACAUCCAGAACUUCAGGUUUUUUGUGGGAACCUACAAUGUGAAUGGACAGUCCCCCAAAGAAUGUCUCCGGCCCUGGCUGAGCCACAGCGUCCAGGCCCCCGAUGUGUACUGUGUAGGGUUCCAGGAGCUCGAUCUGAGUAAGGAAGCCUUCUUUUUUCACGAUACCCCAAAGGAGGAGGAGUGGUUUAAGGCUGUAUCAGAAAGCCUUCACCCAGACGCCAAGUACGCAAAGGUGAAGCUCAUCCGACUGGUUGGGAUUAUGUUGUUGCUGUACAUCAAACAGGAACACGCAGCCUAUAUCUCAGAAGUGGAAGCUGAGACCGUGGGGACAGGAAUCAUGGGGAGGAUGGGUAACAAAGGAGGAGUGGCGGUCAGGUUCCAGCUGCACAACACCAGCAUCUGCGUUGUCAAUUCCCACCUGGCAGCCCACACAGAGGAGUACGAGAGGAGGAACCAAGACUACAGAGACAUUUGUUCUCGAAUGCAGUUCUCUCAGGUGGACCCGAGCCAACCCCCUCUCACCAUUAACAAGCAUGAUGUGAUCUUGUGGCUGGGGGACCUCAACUACAGAAUAGAAGAGCUGGAUGUGGGAAAGGUGAAAAGGCUCGUGGAAGAGAAGGCCUUCCAAACCCUGUAUGCGCACGAUCAGCUGAAAAUCCAGGUAGCUGCCAAGACCAUCUUUGAAGACUUCACUGAGGGUGAGAUUACAUUCCAGCCUACUUACAAGUACGAUCCUGGCUCUGACGACUGGGAUACCAGUGAGAAGUGUCGUGCACCUGCCUGGUGUGACCGAGUCCUGUGGAAAGGAAAGAACAUCACUCAGCUGAGUUACCAGAGCCACAUGGCCUUGAAGACCAGUGACCACAAGCCUGUCAGCUCAGUGUUUGACAUUGGGGUGAGGGUUGUCAAUGAAGAACUCUACCGGAAGACCCUGGAGGAAAUUGUCCGCUCCCUGGAUAAAAUGGAAAAUGCCAACAUUCCUUCUGUGACACUCUCCAAGCGGGAGUUCUGUUUUGAGAAUGUGAAGUACAUGCAGUUGCAAACCGAGUCCUUCACGAUUCAUAAUAGCCAAGUGCCCUGUCAGUUUGAAUUCAUCAACAAACCUGAUGAACAGGCCUACUGUAAGCAGUGGCUGACGGCCAGACCCAGCAAGGGCUUCCUCCUGCCAGAUUCGCAUGUUGAGAUUGAACUGGAGCUUUUUGUAAAUAAUGCUACUGCCACAAAACUCAACUCCGGCAAAGACACAAUUGAAGACAUUCUGGUUUUACACUUGGACCGGGGAAAGGACUACUUUUUGUCCGUGUCUGGGAACUACCUGCCCAGCUGUUUCGGGUCUCCUCUCCAUACAUUGUGCUACAUGAGGGAACCCAUCUUGGAUCUACCACUGAAAACUGUUAGUGAACUGACGUUGAUGUCAGUGCAGACUGCAGAUGACAGGAGCCAGUUGGAGAACCCCAUGGAAAUCCCCAAAGAGCUCUGGAUGAUGGUGGAUUACCUGUACAGAAAUGCUGUCCAGCAGGAAGAUCUGUUUCAGCAGCCAGGUCUGAGGCCAGAGUUUGAUCAUAUAAGGGACUGUCUAGAUACUGGAAUGAUCGAUCACCUCUGCGCUAACAACCAUUCUGUAGCCGAAGCCUUGCUGCUUUUCCUAGAGAGUCUGCCAGAACCUGUCAUCUGUUACAGUGCCUACCACAGUUGCUUGGAGUGUUCCGGCAACUACACAGCAAGCAAACAGGUCAUUUUAACUCUCCCCAACUUCCACAAAAAUGUCUUCAACUACUUGAUGGCGUUUUUGCAAGAAUUGCUGAAAAAUUCAGCAAAAAAUCAUUUGGAUGAGAAUAUUCUGGCUAGCAUAUUUGGCAGCUUACUGCUCCGGAACCCAGCUCGUCACCAAAAACUUGACAUGGCGGAGAAGAAGAAGGCCCAAGAGUUUAUUCACCAGUUCCUCUGCGGUCCACUCUGAGCCUCCUCUCCUGUUUUCCUCGAGGCAGCCACCAUGGUCAACCCCACCUGUUUCAGCUCAAGAACUGCCUUAAGCUGAUCUGAGGCAGCUGGAAGAAUGGCAGCCGCCUGUUUCUUCUACCUGUUUCUACCUGAGCCUAGACCUGCCCCUUCUCCAUGCCCUUGGCUAGCACACCCAUGCUGACUUGUGAAGACAUGGGGGCAAUCCACCAUUGUAGAACUGACGUUCCACAUUCAACUCUAGUUAUUUAACACAAAUAGCUCCCUAUUCAUUUUUAUUUAAAAGUUUUAAAUAACUGUACUUUGCCUUAUUCCGCCAGCCUCCGGGACAUGCAGUGAGUGCCCCAUAUCCCGUACUGAGCAUCUCAUGGUCAGACACUUGGACUAACUGAAGUCCCUGAAGGAGAAUGGCUUGGACAGCACGACUCUGCUUAGAGGUUCCUGGAUAAACUACUUUUAGCCAUCCCAGAGGCUUCCACUGUCCAAGCCGAGGACAUGUUCAUGCAUGGGGCAACUGUUCCCUUUCUCCUCAACUCCAAGUCCCCUCAGUCGCCCUCAAAAGCACUGAAAAAAGGGGGUUCUGGUGAAACAAGUGGGAUUUUGUAGGAUACCCAGUCCUCCCAACUGUAUAUAAUGCAGCACCUCUCAUAUAUGUAAUAUAUUUUAAUGAUAAAUGUAUUUUUAACGGUGA